GGGGAUGGCCAAUACUCUCGUGAUGAAUUGGACAUGAUCCAACAGGGCAAGACGCAAAGAUUCCAACGCAACUUUGGCUUGGUCUCAUUGCUAGGCUUCGGUACUACCAUGAUGGCUACUUGGGAGGCUGUCUUCACGUCCAACGCAACCGCUGCUCUGAAUGGUGGCUUCCCAUCCCUGGUUUGGGGAUUCCUCUUUUCGUGGAUUGGCAAUCUGGCUACUGCUGCCUCUCUGGCUGAGAUGGCCUCGAUGGCACCUACUUCGGGGGGUCAAUAUCACUGGGUCGCCAUGCUCGCCCCCGAGAAGCACAGAGUAUUCCUGAGCUGGAUAACAGGUUGGAUUGCCACAAUCGGCUGGUCAGCAAACACGGCCGCAGGUAUAUUUUUUAGCGGCAGCAUGAUUCAAGGCCUUCUUGUUCUCAAUGACUCCACCUACGCCUACCACAGAUGGCACGGUACCCUUAUCAUGUGGGCCGCUCUGGGUAUUGUCAUCCUCGUCAACACUAUUGCUGCUAGAUUCUUGCCCAAGAUCGAAGGCAUGAUCUUGAUUCUUCAUACCCUUGGCUUCUUUGCUAUUCUCAUACCCAUGGUCUACCUGAGUGACCACAACUCUGCCAGUACCGUCUUCACGGACUUCGAGAACAGCGCCGGGUGGAACAGCAAUGGCCUCGCUUUCUUUGUGGGCUUGAUUAGUAACACAUUGCCCUUCAUCGGCUACGAUGGUCCGGCUCACAUGGCCGAGGAAGUUAAGAAUGCAGCGAUCAAUGUUCCUUACGCAAUGAUCUUCACAGUCAUUGUUAACGGCACGCUUGGCUUCGCUAUCACGAUCGCAUUCGCCUUCUGCGCAACCGACAUUCAGAGCGCUCUUGAAUCACCGACUGGCUAUGACUUCAUGUAUGUCUUUCAGCAAGCCACGCAGAGCAACGCAGGCACAUCGGUCAUGACUGCCAUUAUGAUUGUCCUUAUGAUAUGUGCUUCUAUCGGUUUCCUGGCCACCGCUUCUCGCCAAACCUUUGCCUUCGCUCGCGAUCGAGGUAUUCCUGGAUCAAGAUGGCUUAGUACUGUUGGAACCACGACCAAGAUACCCUUCUGGUCGGUUGUGUUCUGCACCUUCAUCACCAUGCUCAUUUGCUUGAUCAACAUCUUCAGCACUGUUGCGUUCAACGCCAUCGUCUCGUUGACUAUCGCUGGUCUGUUCAUCUCGUACCUGAUCCCUGUCAGUUUGAUGGCUUUCAAGCGAGCUACUGGAGAGCCUAUUAAGUGGGGACCUUGGAAGAUGGGAUCACUUGGUCUUCCUGUUAACAUUGUCUCGAUGAUCUACCUCAUCAUCACUAUCGUCUUUUCUUUCUUCGCCCCUGAGACUCCCGUCACUUUGGCCUCGAUGAACUGGAGUUGUCUUGUGUUUGGUGGCUUUGUCAUCAUUGGUCUUGUCUACUGGUUUGUCACAGGUAAAACAGUCUACACUGGUCCCAUCAGGGAGAGAUGAGGGUAGCGGGUUGACCGAACCUUACUUUCGGUCCCUAUGUAUGAGCUCUCAUGCGCUAGUAUUGACAAAGUUAUGCAAACGAACUCUAGCAUCAUGAUCAUGCGACUAAGAGCACAAUCUAUGCACAAUACAUGCCGACCUGACCAACAAAUUUUCCUCGCUCCAUUGUUCUGGAAACAUGGUGCAACGCGUGUCGAAGAGCCAGCGAAGUACACGGCGUUCCGGUACAGUAUACCAAGAAACAACGAGCCGGCACCAACGUGUACACGUGUGCACCUUUGGAAUAAACUGCUAUAUAGUAUACGACCACAACCACACACCCAUAAUCAAACUUCC